UUGUCUGGGAGUGAUAAAAUAGCCAGCGUAUUUUUUUUUUCAUAAUUAAUUAAAGCCUGUUGUAGUGUUUUGGACGGCCACUGAAAUAACGCUAAAGAGGUCUCCACGGGAAUACCAGUGAUGUCAUGGUUAUUUCCCGGAUUUUAGACUUUAAUGUGUUGAAUGAAUACUGCAUUCCAGUAAUUUAGUCACCCCCCUCCUUACUUUCACUUUAUGUAGCACCCAGUUGAUGGAUAGAGGAGGGAGAAAUCCACGCUGAGGAUUAGACAGAGCCAGUCACUGAGCGUGUGUGUGCGCACUGAGCAGGAGCAGCAGCAGCAGCAACAAGUUUUCUUCAACACAAGGUUACCACAACAGAAAAUUCAAUGGCUAAACAUAGGCCCUGGUUGGUGUGCUGCUUUGUCUUAGUUGGCUUAAUUUGCGCCGUUGCCGUCAUCUGCCUGUGCAUCGCCUCACUUGUGGACCGAGGAUGUUCCAGCGGCAGCUUCAAGCGCGCAGCUGUGGCCGCAGACUCCAAACGUUGUUCAGACAUUGGCAGGAAGAUGCUGCAGGACGGGGGGUCAGCAGUAGAUGGCGCCAUUGCAGCUCUUCUGUGCACAUCUGUGGUCAAUCCUCAGAGUAUGGGGAUUGGAGGAGGGUCUAUAUUCACUAUAAGAAAUGCAACAGGUCACGUUAAAGUCUACAACUUCAGAGAGACUGUCCCACAAUCAUUCAAGGCUAACCUGUUAAAGGACUGUCCCACCACAUUCACGUUUUCCACGGGCAGCCAGUGGAUCGGAGUUCCCGGGGAGGUGCGGGGCUAUGAGGCAGUUCACAAGCAGUAUGGGAAGCUUCCCUGGGCCAAGCUGUUUGAGCCAACAAUCAGACUGGCAAGGGAGGGCGUCCCUGUGUCGAGCUUUCUGGGAAAGCUCCUGAACUACAACAUUGUGAAAAACUACGUGGAAAACUCCCCUCUCUGUUCUCUGCAAGUUUUCUGCAACGAGAACAAAACUGUUCUGAGUGUGGGAGACAUCGUGAAGUUUCCUAAACUCGCUGAAACUAUGGAAACCAUUGCAGAGCAGGGGGCAGAUGCCUUCUACACUGGCAAGAUAGGACAUGACUUGAUCCAAGACAUACAAGCUGCAGGUGGGACUUUGAAAAUGGAGGAUUUGAAGUCAUUCAAGGUGCGGGUGCAGGAUACAUGGAGAGUUUCUCUGGGAAAUACUCAAAUGCACAUCCCGCCACCGCCUGCUGGGGGCGCCCUGCUUGCCUUCAUUCUCAAACUGAUGAAAGAAUUUUCCUUGACUUCAAACUCCUUGCAUGGUGACCAGAAGAUUCAGAUGUACCAUCAUUACAUAGAGGCACUUAAAUUUGCUAAUGGACAAAAGAGGAGCAUUAGUGAUCCUACCUGUAAUAACAUAAAGAGCGCGGAUCACUUAAUCGAUCCCUCCUUCAUUAAUCUCAUCAGAGAGAAGAUUUCUUCAAACCGCACCCACGACUACUCCUACUACAACAAUAUCAAGCCUUCCCCUGAUCACGUUGGGACGACACAUGUGUCUGUCCUGGAUGAAGAUGGACUGGCUGUCUCUGCCACCAGCACCAUAAACCAGUUAUUCGGAGGAAUGAUUUACUCUCCACAAACAGGCAUCAUCCUCAACAAUGAACUGGUUGACUUUUGCGGGAGAGCAGACACAGUCAGAGCAGGUAAAGUUUCAGACAUAAAUGCAGACUUCCAUCCUAAGCCAAUUGAAUUUAAGACAUUACUUAUAGUAGACAUUCAGUCUCUUUUCAGUCUAAUAUGGAGUCUAAUUGUUGUCAUAGGUGAACAGCCUCCCUCCUCAAUGACUCCAGUAAUACUGGAGUCAGAGUCUGGAGGACUCCUUGUGAUCGGUGGAUCCGGAGGAAGCAUGAUAACCACAGCAGUGGCCUUGUCUAUAAUAAAUCACAUGUGGCUGGGGAUGAAUCUGGAAGAUGCCAUUGCUGCUCCUAUAGUGUUUGUUGAUUCACAGAACAAUGUGAAUUUUGAUACUGGCUUUGACAAGUCCGUGAGAAAUGGCCUCAAUCGUCUUGGACACAAAGUUGGAAACUGGAAAUAUUUCAUGAAUGUAGUCAAUGCUGUGGAGAAAAAAAACGGCUGCAUUGUGGCUGUAUCAGACAAAAGGAAGAUGGGGAUGUCAUCCGGAUACUGACCAUGAGGAUGCGAACCCUUCCCACUAAAAUCUGCCCUUAAGAUUGACUGAACCUUUAGCCUUAAGAACAUGAAUGUGCCGCAUCCCUGACAACAAAAUGUGAGCGAGCAGUUUGGAGCUCAGGUGCUGACCUAACAGAACUAAAGAGCAACAGGAAACUACUGGUCUUAAAGGAUAAUUCCAGUUUAUUUAACCUCAGAUCUCAGUUUCAAUUUCAGUUUUCAUCCAAUUUAUUUUUUAUUUAUAUAUUUACUAAAUUUACCCCCAACAAUAUAAAGGCAUGUGAACAUGGGAACAAAGGGUUUGUUAAAAAAACAGGUUUGAUUGCCUGAUGAAUUUUCAGGUCUGUUGGCAUGUUGCCGGCGAUUAACUCUUUCAGUGAUUAACUUCCUGAGAAUGGCUGAAAAGAAAGUAUGACCAAAACUACAAAAAUAAUCUGUAAUAAACUGGAACUAUCCUUUUUGUUGACUGAGGCACUCUGAACAGUAUAUAUUCAUUUUCAAUCCAGCCAGUUGUUUGAAACACACUGAUGCCAUUUCACUUAAAUGAUGCAGACUAACGCACAAUUAACAUACUGUCCAGUUGCUACUCUAGAUGCUGAGAUCUGUUUUUACUUACUGUAGGAUCACACACUCCUGACCGAAGCGUAAUGUAUAGUGUAAUGUGCAACAGCGAGCCAUAAAAGCAAAUUUACUGUAGUCCAGUAAAACCAAACCUACCGCUAUGUAAAACUUAGUCUGUUAAUAUGUUUCAUUUUCUGACUGAACUAUGUACUUCUAUGUAAGAACUGCUUACUGUAGAUGAGCCAUGUAACCCCUUCACAGCGACAUCCUGACUGAUAUAGGAGUUGAAGGUUGUUGUAGGCUGUCAGCAGCCCAUACAGAACAUUUUUACUGUGACCUUAAAACUUUUACUGAAUGUGAAACAACUUUGUUCAGGUUCCACAUCAUAUUGCGAUCUUUCUUUAAAGAUUGAGGAAGGGAUACAGAAUGUGUUUUUGAAUAAACCAAGCUGUAGAUUCACAAUGAACAAAAUUAUCUUAAAAAUGUAAGUAUAUUUCUUUACACGUCAUUUUGUAUUUUCUCUGUCAAAAUGUUUUGUAAGAUACUUAAACCUUUUUAUAACUCUUAACUGUGAAUAUACAGUAUGUGUUGUCACAAUAAAACUAAGUCCAA